AUGGGCCCGUUCGGACGUGUGGGCCCGCGCGGCGACCGGGGCCCAUCCGGGGACCCGGGCGCGCGCGGCGACCGCGGCGAGCCCGGCCUCCUCGGCUUCAACGGAGCGCCCGGCCUGCCGGGCGGCCCCGGUCCGCUGGGAGCUCGGGGUGACCCCGGUGUCAAGGGCUGUACCUGCGUGGACGGCCUCCCGGGCCGGGACGGCCUACCGGGCCUGAUCGGGCCGCGCGGAGCAGCAGGUCCCAGCGGCCUGCCCGGACUGCCGGGCGAUCCAGGCGAAGGAGGCUCGGCCGGCGCCAAGGGCGACCCCGGCGAGGACAAACCGCCCGGUCCACCGGGCCUGCCGGGCUUCGCAGGACGGCCAGGCUACAAGGGUCAAGAGGGCGAACAAGGAUAUCGCGGCUCGGUGGGGCCAGUGGGCAUGCCGGGCCGACGUGGUGAGCCGGGCGAGGACCGCCACGGGCCAGCCGGGCCGAAGGGCUUCCAGGGGGAGCAGGGCGCACCCGGCUCUGACCUGACCUAUCUGGACCCGGACAUCAGCCGACCAGGACCAGCGGGGCCGCCGGGCCUCCCUGGCCCGCUGGGCUGGCCAGGAGAGCCGGGCGCCUAUGGCCCACCGGGCCCUGGCGGUCAACCCGGCUGGCCCGGCACGCCCGGCCGCAAGGGACCGCCCGGCUGGCGGGGCAGCGACGGACCACGUGGCAAGCUGGGCCGACCUGGCCCGCCGGGGCAGUUCGGAGCCAAGGGCGUGCUGGGCACGGCUGGCGAGACCGGCCGGCCAGGCCUGCCUGGUCUCAAGGGCCUGCCGGGUGUGGCCGGCGUGCCGGGGAGGCCCGGGCUGCAGGGUGACCCAGGCCCCAAGGGCCUCUACGACCCGAGCAUCGGUGGCCCGCUGCUCGGGCCUCCCGGCGACCAGGGCGACUACGGCGCGCCGGGCCCCGCCGGCCUGCCCGGCCUGGACGGCCUGGACGGCAGGGGACCGUCAGAACCCGGCGCCCCGGGCCGCGACGGCCGCCCGGGCGGCGAAGCCGGGCCCCGUGGUCCGGCGGGCUCCCGAGGCCCUGAGGGCUUCGUCGGCCGCCGCGGCCUCCCGGGAGCCCCCGGCCGCGGUUUCGACGGCCCCGACGGCCGGCCAGGACGCCCCGGCCUCGACGGCUUGCCCGGACGCCGAGGAGACACCGGCUUCCAAGGCGAACCGGGCCCGCCCGGGCCGUCGGGCCCGCCGGGUCCGCCGGGUCUGGACGGCUUGCCCGGCCCGGACGGCACGGACGGUCUGCCGGGCCCCAGUGGCCCGCCGGGUGACGACUGUACCCCAUAUGGAGGGUCGCCGUGCCAGAAGGGCGAACGUGGCUGGCCGGGACUGCCCGGCCGGCCCGGCCCGGACGGGGUCGCCGGUCCCCGCGGUCCCUUCGGACCACCGGGACUGCCAGGCCUGGUGGGCCGCAGCGGCUACCCCGGUCUCGAUGGACUGCCCGGCGCUGCAGGCGUGGCCGGCUCGCCCGGCUGGCCCGGUUCCCCCGGCCUCCUGAUCAUGCCGCCGGGCACCGCCGGCGACAGGGGGGCACCAGGCGCGCCGGGCUUCCGCGACGGCGAG